UGUAGUUUUGUGGGUAUGACGCUAGAAAUUCUGGAGUUUUAAAACCCAGCCAAAACCCUUUGAAUUUGAUAGCUACAUAGAAUCUCAACACCUUUCUUCUUCUGCAGACGUAGAAAUCUUAGGCAAGGUGAACACCAAAUGGCAACCAUAGACGAAAGACCCUCUGCUAAGCGGUGGCUUCCUCUUGAAGCUAAUCCAGAUGUUAUGAACCAGUUCCUUUGGGGCUUAGGCCUUCCGGAGAGUGAAGCCGAGUGCUAUGAUGUUUAUGGCUUGGAUGAGGAACUCCUGGAAAUGGUUCCGAAGCCUGUUCUCGCCGUUUUGUUCCUAUUUCCCAUAACUCAGCAGAGUGAAGAAGAGAGAAUGCGUCAGGAAGGCGUGAACAAGGAACCUAGCAGUAAAGUUUAUUUCAUGAAACAGACUGUGGGUAAUGCUUGUGGAACAAUAGGGCUUCUUCAUGCUGUUGGGAACAUCACUUCAGAUAUCAAGCUUUUUGAGGGAUCAUUCUUGGAUAAGUUUUUCAAAUCCACUGCACAGAUGGAUCCAUUGGAGCGUGCUGCAUUUCUUGAGAAUGAUAGAGAAAUGGAAGUUGCACAUUCUGUAGCAGCUACAGCUGGUGAUACAGAGGCUUCAGAGAACGUCGACACUCACUUUAUCUGCUUCACGUGUGUGGAAGGAGAACUUUUUGAGCUUGAUGGAAGAAAAUCAGGACCAAUAUCGCAUGGUGCAUCCUCACCAAGCAGCUUAUUGCAGGAUGCAGCUAAAGUCAUACGGGACAUGAUCCAGAAAAACCCCGACUCCCUCAAUUUUAAUGUAAUCGCCAUUUCAAAGAAAUCUGAGGGCUCAAUUUGAUUUUGGUGGUUUACGGCUGUACAAGUUUGUCCAGCCAUCCAUGACGUGGUCGGUUGUAGGCUUUAUAAAACCUUUUGUGGUCAGGUAAAGACACUCGGGGAAUAAUUUUCUGUUAAAAAAUGUCAUGUACAAGCUAAAUCUUUAGCGUAAGAUUCCUGUCAUGAGUCUCGCUGAUCAGGGCUGUUCGAUAAGCUAGUGAGCCUGGUUGGAUGUGUGCUUUGAGCUCCAAUAUUUGUUCAACCCCUAACAUGAAAUUUAUACUAGUGAUUUGGGUAAGAAGAUAUAGCACAAUGCUUCAAUUAUCUGGAAAUCAAUAAACUGUUGAAUAUAUGUUUAACUUUAUUUAUCUAUAAUUGAUGUAGAUCAAAUCUUUCCA